GAGAGAGAGAGAGAGAGAAUGUAAAUGAAGGAGUGAAGUGGAGGCUGUUUUGACAGUGAAGUUGUAUUUUAAACGUAAACAGCGAUAAGAUUCAGUAUUGUGUGACUCGGGAGUACUUUGUACACAACACUGUUUCACUUCAGCUAAAAUCAUGUCUAAGGUAUCUUUCGACCCCCCAGAUAUCGAGAAUAUAUUGUCAUUAAACCCAUUGACACCUCGUUUUGCCAAUGUGAAAGCGACAACUGAGACCAAAAAAUACAAAAAACUAUGGAAGAGAAAUGACAACAAAAAUUGCAAUUCAUGUCACAAUUAUUUCAAAGACUUCAGUGAUAUCAAACCCACCACCUUAAGUGAAAGAGCUGCUCUCAGGGAAGCAGGAAGAUGCCUCAAAUGUGCUGAUGCUCCCUGUCAGAAAAGCUGUCCCACCCAGUUGGAUAUUAAAAGUUUCAUCACAAGCAUUGCUAACAAGAACUAUUAUGGUGCUGCAAAAGCUAUACUUUCAGACAAUCCUCUUGGCCUCACAUGUGGAAUGGUAUGUCCUACCAGUGACCUUUGUGAGGGAGGCUGUAAUUUGGCUGCUGUUGAAGAAGGACCCAUCAACAUUGGUGGUUUGCAACAGUUUGCUGUUGAGGUCUUUAAACAGAUGAAGAUCCCCCAAAUUCGUGAUCCCAGUUUGCCAUCAAUUGAGAAUCUCCCAAACAGCUAUCGGGCCAAAAUUGCCUUGUUGGGUUGUGGGCCUGCCAGUAUUAGCUGUGCCACUUUCCUGGCUCGCCUUGGUUAUUCAGAUAUAACUAUUUUUGAGAAAAACAAUUAUGUUGGAGGUCUCAGUUCUUCAGAGAUUCCACAAUUCCGUUUGCCCUAUGAUGUUGUUGAUUUUGAGAUUCAACUCAUGAAAGAUCUUGGGGUCAAGGUUGAACUUGGACAAGCUCUCUCAGAAUCACAGUUAACUAUAUCUAAAUUGAGGAAAGAUGGUUAUGCAGCAAUUUUUAUUGGAAUCGGUUUACCAGAUCCUCGUAAAUCAGGAAUAUUUGCCAACAUGACUGAAGAAAAAGGCUUCUAUACUUCAAAAAGUUUUCUGCCUAAAGUGGCACUGGCUUCUAAAGCAGGAAUGUGUUCCUGCAAACCAUAUUUACCGAAGCUGCAUGGUAAAGUGAUAGUUCUUGGCUGUGGAGACACUGCUAUGGACUGUGCCACUUCUGCCCUUCGGUGCGGUGCCAAACGGGUAUACAUUGUCUUCAGGAGAGGAUUUAACAAUUUCAGAGCUGUCCCAGAAGAGAUGGAGGCUGCAAAGAAAGAGAGAUGUGAAUUCAUCCCUUUUAUGUCACCUAAGGAAGUCCUUGAGAGAAAUGGUCGCAUUACAGGAAUUCGGUUUGCAAAGACAGAAGUGGAUGAGAAUGGCCAGAUGACAGAAGAUGAGGAUCAGUUGGUAGUGUUGAAAGCUGACUUCAUAAUAUCUGCAUUUGGUUCCUUAGUCUCUGAGGAUGAAGUUAAAAAUGCCAUGAAACCCAUCAAGUUCACUAAAUAUAACCUCCCAGAAGUUGAUUUUGUCACCAUGCAAACUAGUGAGAAAGAUGUGUUCUGUGGUGGAGACAUUGCUGGGAAUUCAGAGAUGACAGUCGAGGCUGUUAACGAUGGAAAACAAGCUUCUUGGUUUAUGCAUAUGUAUGAUUACAUCACCAAUGUGUCUCCAAGAAUUAUACGAGGAAGCACAUUUGGACAGAAUUACGGUCCUGGCCUUGGAUCAUUCUUAAACAUUGAAUUAAUCAGUGAAAAGACUGAGAAAUAUUGGUAUGAAAGCAUCAAAGAACUGAAGAGAGAUUUCCCAGAAAAGGUUGUCAUUGCUAGCCUGAUGUGUUCCUUCAAUAAAGAAGAUUGGCAGAAGUUAGCAAAAAGGGCACAAGAAGCUGGAGCUAAUGCAAUAGAAUUGAAUCUGUCCUGUCCCCACGGAAUGGGAGAAGUCAAUAUGGGACUUGCAUGUGGAACAGUUCCAGAAACAGUAAAACAAAUCAGCAAAUGGCUGAAAGAAGCAGUUUCAAUCCCAGUCUUUCCUAAACUGACACCAAAUGUCACUGACAUAGCCUUGAUUGCAGAAGCAGCUAAAGAAGGAAACGCUGAUGGUGUCACUGCAACCAACACAGUUUCUGGAUUAAUGGGCAUCAAACCAGAUGGUACUCCAUGGGCAGCUGUUGGUAAGAAGAGAACCACAACAUAUGGUGGUGUGUCUGGUAAUGCCAUCAGACCAAUUGCACUGAAAGCUGUUGGUUCCAUUAGUAAAAAGCUUCCAAAGUUUCCUGUAAUGGCCACUGGUGGCAUUGAUAGUGCUGAAGUUGGACUCCAGUUUCUGAUGGCUGGUGCUUCUGUUCUACAGGUGCGUAAAUUAUAUUUUUACCUAGCUACAUACAUUUCUUAUUUUUUAAUUCUGUUCUCCUACCCCCUGCAGGAUUUGUGCAUCAACUGUGGAAAGUGUUACAUGGUGUGCAACGACUCUGGAUAUCAAGCAAUAACUUUUGACUCUGUGACUCACAAAGCUCAUGUUACAGAUAACUGUACAGGUUGCAACCUUUGUGCAUCUGUGUGUCCCAUUAUUGACUGCAUCGAAAUGAUACCACGUACAACACCAUUUGCCCCAAAGAGAGGUCCGUUCCCACUUAAAAUCAGCACCAGCAGCCAGCUUGGAGAGUAUUGAUCUUGACAGAUUCAAAUAACCAAAGAAUGAUAAAAAUUUAAUCACUUAUAAAUCAUUUGUUUAAUUGUUUAUAAAUAAAUUCUUUUUAAUCAAUUAUAUAUACAUACAUAUAUGUAUACAUGCAGACAUAUAUAUAUAUAUAUAUACACACACAGACCCAUACAUAUCUAUAUGGUAUGCAUGUGUGUGUAAUAUAUAUAUGUGUAUAUAUGUAUGUCAUAUGUAUGUACAUGUCUUUAUAUAUAUGUAUACAUAAUUUCAAAUUAAAUAUUAUUAUAUGUAACAUUU